UUCUAAGGGCACAGUAGUGGUUACAUUACAAUAGAUAUUGUCCUUGUAAUCUCGUAAAAUCUGUGUCGACUUUACACAUCUCAUGAACGUUUGUCGUAAAAACGUUAUAAGACUUUCAAUUUACCUGAUAGAUCUUAGAAAAACUUGUGAGCUGUCAAAACGUUUCUGAUAAAACCAAUGGUUGAUUACGAAAACAGACAUCAAGACCCGUCUCCAAUAUUGCUUCAUGGUGGUUUCGAAACAAAGCCUUCUUUGGAAAAAGACAAAUAUAAAAAAGUUCAGAAGGACUACGACUUAUCAAACAAAUGUUUUUUUGAAGGAAAAGACUACGAAUUAGCUAAGAACGCAUCUGAAAGCAAACAUGGCGACAAAAAUCUUCAUAUUCAGUUGAGCGAUGCGAAACUACAAGCUGAACACUUUAGAACAGAGUUCUUUAGGCUUAGUAAAGAACGUCUUGAAGAGCAGCGUGAACUAACCAUCGUGGUCAAAUCACUUCGUGACCAAUUGGAAGCAGUUUCUCAAGAGAGAGACCAAGCAAUCACCAAAACAAGUAUGGAAUCUAAACAAAGCGGAAUGCAAUUCCAGCAUUUGAAAUACUGUGUAGAUCAGUUAUUGGAAACUAAUGCUGAACAAGAAAGGCUUAUGUGUGCAAUGAAUGAACGUUUGGCAGCGUCUAACAAAGAAAUCGAGAAUUAUAAAUUGUUUCUUGAUUACAUCAAUUCGGCUAUACAAAAAUUUGAUCACAAUAAUAAUUUAAUAGAACCAAUAAAUCUCGAAAUUCAAGAUAUUGAAUAUAUACACAGUAAUUUUAACAAAUUUCUAAAAACAUUAGAUGAGAAAGAACAUUUACAAAUUAUAGAAAAUGAAAAACUGAAAACCACAAUAGAUGUAAUGCGAAGUCAGCAUGAAGCAGAAAUUUUUAGAAUUGAAGAGAAACACAAGUCAUCCCUUCAGGAACAAUGUGAAAAACUGCAAGAUGAACUUGAUAAUACAGUUGUGCGUGCCGAAAGAGCAACACUAGAGGCAAGAACUCUAAGUGUAGAAGUGGCCAAUGCUAAGUCGAAAUACGAGAAAGAAAUAACUGAAAAGUGUGAACAAAUUCAGGAGUUGGAGAAAAAAUUGUCCAAUUUCACAACAAAACAAAAUGAUUCAGAUAUAAACUCCAGGAAAGCAUUAGAAUCCGUGUUGGAUACAACACAAAAAGAACUGGUUAAGAUGAAAUAUGAACGAGACUCAGCAACAAGUCAGUUAUCCACAUUAAGUGCAAAACUGGAAGCGACAGAAUCUUAUAUUGCAGAAUUGGAUGACCGUCUAAAUAAACAGAUAACAAAUAAUCAGACAACAAGAAACGAAUUGAGUGAGACAAACAAAAUUAAUAAGCACUUGCAAAGUUUCGCUAAAUCGAUAGAACUGUCAAUGAAAAGAUUAUACAAUAUGAUUAAUAAUGAAUUGAACUUGAAUAGAAAUUGGAAAUGGGAACAAAUUUUUGAGGAAAACCAUAUAGGUGAAUUCAUUGACAACGUGAUGAAGAUUAUUGGUGAAUUAAAAAAGAAAUCAAUGAUGAAUAGAGAGAAUAAAGCACAAACAAAACUUUUGAAAAAUCAAAUAAAAGAACUGAAUUAUGAAUUGGACAAAUUAAAAUCCACUUUUAGGAAUAAUCAACGUUGUAUUAGUGAAUAUGAAAAGACACUUGCUGUAAAGGUCAGUGAAUUAGAAACUACCAUUUCAGAAAGGGAUUAUUAUCUACAAAUAAUUAAUGAGCAAACUGAAGAAUUAUCCACAAUUAAAGCUGAUUUUCAGCGUCAAACAAGAGAGCUUACAGAACAAAUAGACUUUUUGAAAAGACGACAGAUUUGUACAGGAAAGUGUUCACAAUUGAAAUCAAUGAAAUCUGACACUCAUGCAACAUGCACUACACAAUUUAGAACAUUAAGAAAACCAUUAUCAUCAGGGUCAUUAUUAUCUGAUCAACAUUUAACUUCAGUCGACUAUGAGAAACAAGCAAGUGAAAAUGCUAUCAGUGAAUUAAAAAAGCAGAUGGAUGAAUCAAAGUCAAAAUGUGACAGAAUUUCACUAAAACGGGAAAGUUGUGAAACAGUUAGCAUCGACAAAAUUAAAGAAAAAUUUAAAACUUCUCAAGAAAACACUACUCGAAGAAAUAUAUCAAACGCUGUAAAACAAUCUAAUGCUAUUUUCAGUUUACAACAACGAUUAGGAAAUUUAGAAAUGAAUAUGUACAAAGUAAGUGAAGAUAAAGGAAAUCUACAAAGUCAAAAUGAACAGUUGACAGAUUUACUUCGAAGGUUAACAGAACAAAAUCAACGUCUUACAAAGGAACUCGAUAAUCGUAUGAUGGAAGCGACGCGAGCUAAUAAACAAGCAAAUUAUUCAUCUCAAAGAGUAGUUGAAAGUUCAACAGGAUUUCAACAAAAAAAUAACAAUAAUUUUUAUGAUUAUUCAAAUGAACUAUUAAAAAUCAGUAAUUGUAAUAAUGAUGACAGUGUUUGGAAUGAAGAAAAGCUUCUAGAUGGCUACCGUAACACUAACAAUUUUAAUAAUGGAAAAUCAAAUCAAAGACCACAUGAAAACAAUGAAAUUUUAACUUUGCCUAAUCGAACACUUGAAAAUACGUCCGCAGUUCAAUUGAACGAUAAGAAUAAGACAUACUACACCCAGGAACAAAAUGCGCAAAGUUUGAAAUCGAAUACAACACGAACCUACUAUUCAGUCAAUGAUAGCGCUAUACUAUCUAGCCAAUCGAAUGAUUCGGACGAAUUAGUUAUGAGAGAAAUCAAAGUAAAUAGUAGUGAAAGUAACAAUUAUGACAAGUAUUUCAAGAAUCAACAAAACUUUAAAUUAGACACUAAAAUACCAGAUCAACCAAAUUCUUCUACUCCUAGUAUUGAUGUACAUAUAACAGCGAAUAAUUAUAAAACAUUUUUAAAUUUCAACUACCAAAAUACCAAAGCUAACACUUUAAAACAUGAAAUCCAGUAUGGAAAACAGUUGACUGUCACAGAUUCUGAAUUCAAACCUACUCCGCUAGAAUUAACUAAUCAUAAUACUAAUAAUAAUGGAAUUAUAAAUUGGAAAUUUAAAAAAUAUGAUAAAUCAUUAGAAAUCUAUUCAGAUAAUGAAGUUACAACUUGUCCAGACAAUACUUCACCAAGAACCUAAUUUUUUAAAUUACAAAAAAUAAAUUAGUUAUACAGAAUGCGAUUUUAUCGACAAUCUACCGGAAACUUAACAGAACAUUCAAAUGAAACUCUUAUCAUCGUCAAUAUAUACCAAGGAGAUGACGUAAGAUGUUGGCCGAUGACCUUAAUAAUCUCCGUUUUUCCAAAUAUUUGAGCGUUAUAUAUAUAUAUAUAUAUAUAUA